UUAAUCCAUUCCUCAACCGCUGCUGCAACCGAAAUCGCUCAACAGAUAUCUGAAACACAAAUAUGGAACUCAAUAUAUAUUGGACAUACUGCCCAGCAACUUCAGCCUUCCUGCCACCAUUUUCAAGGUCAAAGAGAGAUGGGAAAUGCGAUUGUCUCCUUCUACAACAACCUCUUCUCAGAACCACUUGAGAAAAGGCCAAUCCCCGCAAACAUUGACUUUAAAGCUAUAAGUUUUACUGCUGCAGUUAACCUUGAGCAAGAAGUUUGGAGCGCAAUUAACAGUUUUGCAGGAGACAAGGCUCCCGGGCCUCAACUUUUAUAAAACUUCAUGGGAAACACUAAAGAAAGACCUUGACGCUGCCAGUGCGUCAGGUUAAUGGUUGCUGUGAUUUCCUAUGCCUUUAAGUAAGUGGAUGGAUACAAACAAGCAAUGUUAUUCUUUUUUUACCGUUUAGGCUUCUAAUUGCCUACUUUCUUUCUGAGUUUAGUAAAAACUAGAUAGGUGGUGGCCGAGCUCCGGCACAGCCUGAAGUUGGUUUUAUUAUCUUUGUUGGUGGCAGUCAACAUUCAAUUUAAUAAUUUUGGUUAUUAAAUAAUAUUUACCUAAAUUUGAGUAGACCUAUUGAUUAUGGGUAGGGUAUGAGUGACG